GCUGCUCUGCGCUCGCUUGGCUAUGUCUGAAAGGAGUGGGACUGGUAGAUCAGCGCUAGUAAUGUAGCACCAGUCCCGUAAUCUCGAUAGAAAAGAUUUUUCUACGACAGUAAAGAAACAGUGUAGCAUUCUCUCCCUGUCGGCAUCAAUGAUCAGAACUGAAUUGGAUACUUCUGUGCAACAGUGGAGCGUUUCGAAUUACAGCAGGAGGCUUUUCUGGAACUCAACUGGUAACAAAAUAACAGCCACAAAAAGACUGGGGCAUAUACACUCACUCAAUACAAUAAAACCUCACACUCCCGACAAGUGGACUGCUGUGAGAACUGGUAGGACGAGGGACUGGGAAAGUGAAACGUUAUUUUACUUUUUGUCGUUCGUUUCAACCGAGCAUUUUCGAUAUCUCGUUUUCUUUUCGUUUCCUUCUGAAACUUAAAACUCAGAAAACAAUGAACACUUAACUCCUCAAGUGUCUCGUCAGCUAGCCUGGCUAGCUUUUUCCAGGAGUGUGUGCUGCUAACUUAGCUUAGCAGGCUACGUUAGCUAGGCAGCUAGCUAAACGUGUUGUUUUCCAAGAAAGUUUCUGGCGCUGUUUCCCUGACCCGAAAACAGACAGAACGCCGAUCGGACCAGAGGGGAAGGGCAGGCCCCCUUCUUGGCGUUUCCCUCUUUGCCAAUUUUUCCAAAUAUGAUGGCUGCAGAGAUGAGUGGAGAGGAGACUGGGUCGGUAUCAUCGGGGACAGGGGUUACAGACAGCGGAGGCCCUGAGACGACCCAGUUUCCGUUCUAUCCUAAACAGACCCGAGUGCGGGUUGGUGAUUUGUGCCAGGGACCAACUCAAAGCCCUCGCCACCCUUCCAGUCUCUCCCCUGAAAGCCCUCCGGACAUGAUUUACCCGACCGCUGCAGGUAUAACUGGAUCGGCAUUGUCCAUUGGAGGGAGUGACGGCGGUGUCGGACACGCUUAUGUUCAUGGAUCAAGCUCAGGGACUGGUGGCAGCGUGUGCUACUCCCCUUCCUCUGAAGGACCCGAUAGCCGGAUGUCACCUACUUCAGCAGGUGUGGACGGACCCACAGCCUUCCCUCCAUUACCCCCGCCACCACCACCCCCUCCUGCCUACGGGGCAUUCGGGAGUGUGGACGAGGGUGACUUGCAGGAUGGUCCUGAGUAUGAGGAAGAGGAGGUUGUUUUCCCUCUGUCUGCACCACCCACGAACCAGUGGUACCAUGGCAAGCUGGACCGGACGAUUGCAGAGGAGCGUCUGCGCCAGGCCCGCACGCCAGGCAGCUACCUCAUCAGGGAGAGCGACCGGCGGCCCGGCUCCUUCGUGCUGUCCUUCCUCAGCGUGACCAACGUAGUCAACCACUUCAGGAUUAUUGCGAUGUGUGGCGACUAUUACAUCGGCGGACGGCGAUUCUCAUCCCUCUCAGACCUUAUCGGCUACUACAGUUAUGUGUCCUGCCUACUGAAAGGGGAAAAGCUGCUGUCACCGGUGGCCCCUCCAGAGCCCGUGGAAGACAGGAAGAGAGUGAGGGCCAUCCUCCCGUACACCAAAGUGCCAGACACCGAUGAGAUCAGUUUCCUGAAGGGAGACAUGUUUAUUGUUCACAAUGAACUGGACGAUGGCUGGAUGUGGGUGACCAAUGUGCGCACUGAGGAGCAGGGUCUGAUUGUGGACGACCUGGUCGAGGAGGUGGGACGAGAAGAGGACCCUCAUGAGGGGAAAAUCUGGUAUCAUGGGAAGAUCAGCAAACAAGAGGCCUACAACCUGCUGAUGACAGUGGGGCAAGUGAGCAGUUUCCUGGUCAGGCCGUCGGAUAACACCCCGGGGGACUACUCCCUCUUCUUUCGCACCGGUGAAAACAUCCAACGGUUCAAGAUCAGCCCCACUCCCAACAACCAGUACAUGAUGGGAGGAAGGUACUACAACAGCAUGGCUGAUAUCAUGGAGCACUAUAAGAAGGAGCAGAUCGUGGAGGGCUACAUCCUGAGAGAUCCUGUGUCCGUGCAGAAUCAAGAACAAGUCCUCUCUGACCUGGUGGACGGCAGGGAGAUCUAUAACACUAUCCGACGGAAAACGAAAGAUGCCUUCUACAAAAACAUUGUAAAGAAAGGAUACCUCCUGUUCAACAAAGGUAAAGGCAAGCGCUGGAAGAACCUUUACUUCAUCCUGGAGGGGAACGACGCCCAGCUCAUCUACUUUGAGAGCGAGAAGCGCGCCACCAAGCCCAAGGGGCUGAUCGACCUGAGCGUGUGCUCUGUCUACGGCGUCCACGACAGUCUGUUUGGCAGGCCAAACUGUUUCCAGAUUGUGGUUCAGCACUUUAGUGAGGAGCAGUACAUAUUCUAUUUCGCAGGAGACACUCCAGAACAGGCACAGGACUGGAUGAAAUGCUUACAGACGUUCUGCAGUAACCUUAGGAAACCUACACAGGCCACAACUAACAAGAGACUUCGCCAGGUCAGCAGCUUAGUGUUGAAUGUGGAAGAGGCCCACAAACUCCCCAUCAAACACUUCACCAACCCCUACUGCAACAUCUACUUGAACAGCGUCCAGGUGGCCAAGACCCACCCCCGAGAGGGCCAGAACCCCGUCUUCACCGAGGAGUUCAUCUUCGAUGAUCUGUCAAGUGAAAUCAACAGGUUUGAGAUCAGCCUGAGCAACAAAACCAAGAAAAGCAAGGAGAGUGAUAUCUUGUUCAUGCGGUGUCAGCUGAACCGGCUGAACCGGGGGCAGAUGAUAGAUGAGUGGUUCCCGCUGAGCUCCCACAUCCCGCUGAAGGGCAUCGAGCCAGGCUCGCUCCGCGUGCGCGCCCGAUACGCCAUGGAGAAGAUCAUGCCCGAGGAGGAGUACAGCGAGUUCAAAGAGCUCAUCCUGCAGAAGGACUUCCACGUGAUCUACGCGCUGGCCCACGUCUGUGGCCAGGACCGCACCCAGCUGGCCAGCAUCCUGCUGCGCAUCUUCAGACACGAGCAGGCCGAGGCGCCCCUGCUCCGGGUCCUCAACGACCGGGAGAUCAGCAUGGAAGACGAGGCCACCACUCUGUUCCGCGCCACGACCCUGGCCAGCACACUCAUGGAGCAGUACAUGAAGGCCACGGCCACGCCCUUCGUGCACCACGCCCUCAAAGACACCAUCCUCAGGAUCAUGGAGAGCAAGCAGUCCUGUGAGCUGAACCCCUCCAAGCUGGAGAAGAACGAGGACGUGAGCCCCAACUUAGCUCACCUCCUCAACAUCCUGUCCGAGCUGGUGGAGAAGAUCUUCAUGGCCGCUGAGAUCUUGCCACCCACGCUGAGAUAUAUCUACGGCUGCUUGCAGAAGUCUGUGCAGCAGAAGUGGCCAACAAACACCACCAUGAGGACCAGAGUUGUCAGUGGCUUUGUGUUCUUAAGACUCAUCUGUCCUGCCAUUCUUAAACCCAGAAUGUUCAACAUUAUCGCUGAUCCUCCCUCCUCCACAGCCGGCAGGACGCUCACGCUGGUUGCCAAGUCUGUCCAAAAUCUUGCCAACCUGGUGGAGUUUGGCGCCAAGGAGCCAUAUAUGGAGGGAGUGAAUCCGUUUAUCAAGAACAACAAACAUCGGAUGAUCAUGUUCCUGGAUGAGCUGGGUAAUGUCCCAGACCUCCCUGAUGUCACUGAGCACUUUAGGACAGACCUGUCCCGUAACCUGGCUGCCCUGCACGAGAUCUGCGUCGCUCAUUCAGAUGAGCUCCGCACCCGGAGCAAUGAGCGAGGAGCCUCGCAGCACGUGCUUAAGAAGCUGCUCGCCAUCACUGAGCUCCUUCAGCAAAAGCAGGCCCAGUAUGCCAUGACAAACAGCAACAGAAACGAAUGUACCAUACUGACUACCAUCCAGGUUAUGUGACGUGGAUAUCAACGAG